GAAACAACAUUCCUUAGACAGCUGUUUAAAAAUGAAACCCUCCCCUGUUAUCAGAUGAAAAAGAUGAAUCAGUUUGUGAGGAAUCCGACUGUUCUGAAUAUGAGGGAACAAUUAGGAGAUGAUGUCAUUAGCUGAGAAAAAGGCAUGCUGUAGGAAAUUUAAGGUUAUUCUCUGCACUGAACAUUUGCUAUUAAGGCUGAAUGGCCAGGAUUUGGCAAGAAGGAAAUAGAAUCAUGGAAGGACCUUAAGGAAGCAUCAGGAAGAGAGGAAUCUAAAACAGAAGGCUCAAGAAAAAGGGAAUCUAAAACGGCGAUCUUGUCAGGAAAACUAAAUAUAUGAGGUCCCCGAUGGGCUUCCUGGAAUAUUGGUGUGUUUAUUUGCAUCAGAUGUGCUGGAAUUCAUAGAAAUCUUGGGGUUCAUAUAUCUCGGGUCAAGUCAGUCAAUCUAGACCAAUGGACGCCAGAACAGAUACAGUGCAUGCAAGAUAUGGGAAAUACUAAAGCAAGACUACUUUAUGAAGCCAAUCUUCCAGAGAACUUUCGAAGACCACAGACAGAUCAAGCAGUAGAAUUUUUCAUCAGAGAUAAAUACGAAAAGAAGAAAUACUAUGAUAAAAAUGCUAUAGCUAUUACAAAUAUUUCCUCCUCUGAUGCCCCUCUUCAGCCUUUGGUAGCCUCUCCUUCUUUGCAAGCUGCUGUCGAUAAAAACAAACUAGAGAAAGAAAAGGAAAAAAAAAAGGAAGAGAAAAAGAGAGAAAAGGAGCCAGAAAAGCCUGCCAAACCACUAACAACUGAAAAGGUGCAGAAGAAAGAAGAUCAACAGCUCGAGCCUAAGAAAAGCACCAGCCCGAAAAAUGCUGCAGAGCCCACUGUUGAUCUGUUAGGACUUGAUGGUCCUGCUGACGCACCAGUGACCAAUGGGAACACAACCACAGUGCCACCCCUGAAUGAUGAUCUGGACAUUUUUGGACCAAUGAUCUCUAAUCCUUUACCUGCCACUGUCAUGCCUCCAGCUCAGGGGACAGCCUCUGUACCAGCAGCUGCUAGCCUGUCUACCGUAACAUCUGGGGAACUGGAUCUGUUCACUGAGCAAACUACAAAGUCAGAAGAAGUAGCAAAGAAACAACUCUCCAAAGACUCCAUCUUAUCUCUAUAUGGUACCGGAACACAGCAAAGCACUCCUGGUGUGUUUAUGGGACCCACAAAUAUACCAUUUACCUCACAAGCAGCAACUGCAUUUCAAGGUUUUCCUUCCAUGGGCGUACCAGUGCCUGCGGCUCCCGGUCUUAUAGGAAAUAUGAUGGGACAGAAUACAAGCAUGAUGGUGGGCAUGCCCAUGCCCAAUGGGUUUAUGGGAAAUGCACAGACUGGAGUGAUGCCACUUCCUCAGAAUGUUGUUGGCCCUCAAGGAGGAAUGGUGGGACAAAUGGGUGCACCCCAGAGUAAGUUUGGCCUGCCACAAGCUCAGCAGCCUCAGUGGAACCUCUCACAGAUGAAUCAGCAAAUGGCUGGCAUGAGUCUCAGUAGUGCAAACCCUACCACAGGUUUUGGCCAGCCCCCCAGCACAACAGCAGGGUGGUCUGGAAGCUCAUCUGGGCAGACUCUGAGCACACAACUGUGGAAGUGAAAAGCUGCAACAGAGUUCCAUCCAAAACCAACACCCGACAUUCCUCACUACAAAGGCAUCUAGUUCCCGUUUAUUCAUGUACAUAUGUAUUUUCUUUUCUCCCAUUUGUUCACAUUAAGAAUUACCUGAUUGACCGUGUUGGUCUGUGCUGAUUAAAUUAGAUGUGAAAGCAGGUUGAGAAACCAUCUUCUGUGGAGGGCAGCUUUGCUCAUAUUUCCCAUGAUGUCAUAAGCCACAUUGAGAAGCUGCUCAGUUAACUUGCAUAAUCGGUUUUAUUCUCAAAAUUAUAGCUCUAAUGUUUGCAUAUAAGGGAAGUAGUUAUCAUGUUAGUAAUACUUCUAACAGUAUAAACCCCAACCCCAAAUUAGCCAGUAAUCCUGUAGGAAGGUACUGUAUGAUCCAAUGUUUAAUCAUAUAAUAGAAUGUAAAUGUAUCACUGAGCACUGUUUUCUAGUGUAUCAAAUUCUUUUCUUCAUCACUCACUUCACUGUGCUGUUGUUAUGAUGUGCUUAACAGGGAAUGUGGUUAGUGAAAGGAAGAUAAACCUGGAUGUUACUGUCAAACUUAAUGAAUGUUUCAAGAAUUCAAAUUUUUGCUGCCUCUUGUAAUUUGGACCUCUUCUCAUGUACAUAGUGCUAUUACGAAGACCUUUUUUCUGCACUAUAUGCACACAGGGUAACUAAAACAAAGCCACUUUUAAUCCUUGAAGGUAUGUCCAGGUUUAUGACAGUAAUUGUGUUUACAUUUUAUGGUGCCUAGUAUUGACAAAAUGUUAUUUCCCUAUAUUAAACAGAUGAAUCCACA